AACGCACGCUCGUUCGCCGGGCGCCUAGUUCAUCGGUUCGAGAACCGAAUCUCUGGCUUAUGGGACAAGCACUCUCUCUGGUCAUCGAACACGGAAGGUUGUUCUUUGGUGACGAAGCAAUCUACCGCGAAAGCAUGGCAAAGGUUGGCAUCAACGGGUUUGGCCGCAUUGGGCGCCUGGUGCUUCGCGCCGCCGUCCAGAAGGGCGUUGAGGUCGUGGCCAUCAACGACCCUUUCAUCGACGUCAAGUACAUGGUGUACAUGUUCAAGUAUGACUCGACUCACGGCCGCUUCAACGGCGACGUGCACGAGGAGGGUGGCAUGCUGGUCGUCAACGGCCGCAAGAUCCACGUCUUCCAGGAGCUGAAGCCCGCUAGCAUCCCGUGGGGGAAGGUGGGCGCCGAGUAUGUGGUCGAGUCGACGGGCGUCUUCACCACCCUCGAGAAGGCCCAGCAGCACAUUGACGGCGGGGCCAAGAAGGUGAUCAUCUCCGCACCUUCGGCGGACGCCCCAAUGUUCGUGAUGGGGGUGAACCACAACUCGUACAACCCAAGCAUGACGAUAGUGAGCAAUGCCUCGUGCACCACCAACUGCCUGGCCCCGCUGGCCAAGGUCAUCAACGACAACUUCGGCAUCGUCGAGGGGCUCAUGUCCACCGUGCACGCCACCACUGCCACCCAGAAGACCGUGGACGGACCCAGCGCCAAGAUGUGGCGAGACGGGCGUGGUGCAGCCCAGAACAUCAUCCCGGCAUCGACGGGAGCUGCCAAGGCGGUGGGCAAAGUGAUCCCAGAGUUGAACGGCAAGCUGACGGGCAUGGCGUUCCGGGUGCCCACCCCGGACGUGUCUGUGGUGGACCUGACCUGCCGGCUGGCCAAGGAGGCCAGCUACGACGAGAUCAAGGCCGCCGUCAAGGCCGCCGCCGAGAGCGACAACUGGAAGGGCAUCCUGGGCUACACAGAGGACGAGGUGGUGUCCAGCGACUUCAUUGGAGACACCCACAGCAGCAUCUUCGACGCCAAGGCUGGCAUCUCUCUCAACAAGAACUUUGUGAAGCUUAUCUCGUGGUACGACAACGAGUUUGGCUACAGCUGCCGCGUGGUCGACCUGAUCAAGCACAUGAGGAGCAAGGACCAGUGAAGCGUGUCCACCGCCGUCAUCGGGCUUGGCAGCAUGCUCCUCCCUCCGCAGACAAGGUUUACCUUAGCUACCCAAGUAACUGAUGGUUGUCGAGAAUCCAAGUCUGUCCCGUUUUGUUUUCUUUACCCCCUUGAAGCUAGUGUUUUGUGCCCUCGCUGUCGUCAACUUCGCUCCUAUUAAAUCCUCACUUGCCGUCGUC